AAAGUAAGUUUGUUAUUUUGUACUCAUUGAGAUAAAGAACCAAAGUACUAUUUGUUGUUGUGAGGUUGGAAAACUUGGAAAGUACAGUACGGAAGACAGAAAUUACCUGAGUUAUUCGAUUUAUUAACUUUAUCAUAUGUAACAUAAUGAAAGAAACAAAUACGGAGACUAGUACAGAGAUCAUUCGUUGUGGCUGGUUAAAUCAAGAUCCAAUUUACAUCGCCUACCACGACGAAGAAUGGGGAAAACCACAACAUGAUGAAAUAAAACUCUUUGAAAUGCUAUGUUUAGAAGGACAACAGGCUGGACUUUCGUGGAUAACAGUUUUGAAAAAGCGCGAUCACUACCGUAACUUGUACUUUAAUUUCAACCCAAUUAAAAUUGCAAAAUUAGGGGCAAGUGAUGUUGAAACAUAUUUAAAGGAUCCUGGAAUUGUCAGACAUAAAGGGAAAAUAGAAUCUAUUAUAAACAAUGCCAAAUGCUUCCUGAAACUGGAAGCAGAGGGGGAUAAUUUUUCAGAAUUUAUUUGGAGUUUUGUAGACCAUAAACAAAUAGUAAAUAACUGGAGCACUCACAAAGAAAUUCCAACGGAGACUGCCAAUUCAAAAGCUAUGUCAAAAGCUCUAAAAGCUAAAGGCUUUAAAUUCAUUGGAUCAACUAUUUGUUAUGCAUUUAUGCAAGCUUGUGGGCUUGUUGAUGAUCAUAUAAUUAAUUGUGUUAGCCGUAAAAAUAAUAAAUAUGAAUCAAAAGUUGUUUUGUUUUAA